UCGCGCGGCCACUCGGUGCCUCACUCCUUUUGCAAGAUUGAUGACCUUGCGCAUUCUUUCCUACCCUGGCUCACACAGCUCGCUGCUCCAUCUGUGGCUUGUUCUGUGAGCUCUUCCUCCUUUGAUCCCCCCUUCACCUUUUUUGUGUCACUUUGAAAGGAUCACGCAUGAUCCUAAUAUUAGCUCAGUUCUCACGUCUUCCGUUUUUUUUUUUUUUCUCGUGUACUUCUAAAUCCCGUGUGUACAUUUUCUCAACCUACUUGAAAGCUUAAGAGGCUUGUUGGGUUUUUUUUUUUAGGGUGAGACGAAAUGUUCUUGGGCUACUUGCAGAUAGUCUGCUGCUGGUAACACCCACGUGCUGCAGAGGGAGUGGGUGGAGGAGAAACCCCUCUGCUUGGGGAAGAUUGAUAGGUGAAAAUACCUGAGGGUCGGUGCUAUCGCGGGGUCAGGUGCAGCGCUAACAGCAGCCUCUUCAUCACCAGCUUUUGAUUGGCCUUGGAGGUCAGUGACUCCAGAGAGGAAGGCCUGUGCAGGGGCACCAGAUGGUGCUGUUAGAGGCAGAAAGGCACGGCAUGGGAAAAUGGGCGAUAACACCGGAUUUAGGCGGGAAAGUCCAGCGUACUUUCCUGGCAGCUGCCUGGGAUCUCCAGAGUGAAAUUCACUCCAUCAGGACUAACGUGGCUGGGCCAUGGAGCAGUACACGGCAAACAGUAAUAGUUCCACAGAGCAGAUUGUGGUGCAGGCUGGACAGAUUCAGCAGCAGCAGCAGGGUGGUGUCACAGCUGUCCAGUUGCAGACUGAGGCCCAAGUGGCAUCCGCCUCAGGCCAGCAAGUCCAGACCCUCCAGGUAGUCCAGGGGCAGCCAUUAAUGGUGCAAGUGAGUGGAGGCCAGCUUAUUACAUCAACUGGUCAACCUAUCAUGGUCCAGGCCGUCCCAGGUGGACAAGGCCAAACCAUCAUGCAAGUACCUGUAUCUGGGACACAAGGUUUGCAGCAGAUACAGUUAGUCCCACCUGGGCAGAUCCAGAUCCAGGGUGGGCAGGCUGUGCAGGUACAAGGCCAGCAGGGCCAGACCCAGCAGAUCAUCAUCCAACAGCCCCAGACAGCAGUCACGGCUGGCCAGACUCAGACACAGCAGCAGAUUGCUGUCCAGGGACAGCAAGUAGCCCAGACUGCUGAGGGGCAGACCAUCGUCUAUCAGCCGGUUAAUGCAGAUGGCACAAUUCUCCAGCAAGUUACAGUCCCUGUUUCAGGCAUGAUCACCAUCCCAGCAGCCAGUUUGGCAGGAGCACAGAUUGUUCAGACAGGAGCCAAUACCAACACAACCAGCAGUGGACAGGGGACUGUCACUGUGACGCUCCCGGUGGCGGGGAAUGUGGUCAAUUCAGGAGGAAUGGUCAUGAUGGUGCCAGGUGCUGGGUCCGUGCCUGCUAUCCAAAGAAUCCCUUUACCUGGAGCAGAGAUGCUCGAGGAAGAGCCCCUCUACGUGAAUGCCAAACAGUAUCACCGCAUUCUUAAGAGGAGACAAGCUCGGGCUAAGCUAGAGGCAGAAGGGAAAAUUCCAAAGGAAAGAAGAAAAUACCUCCAUGAAUCUCGGCACCGACAUGCCAUGGCUCGGAAGCGAGGUGAAGGUGGACGAUUCUUCUCUCCAAAGGAAAAGGACAGUCCUCACAUGCAGGAUCCAAACCAAGCUGAUGAAGAAGCAAUGACACAGAUCAUCCGAGUUUCCUAACCCCAUGUGGAUGGUAGAGCUGAUCAACCAGGUUCCUCAGCACUGUUUCCCACGGUUACUGGAAAUUGAUCAACUCUUCCAAUGGGACACUGGUGACCACACUCUGCCCUUUUACAGGACAGAAACCACUUAGUUUUUAAGUGGCUCAGUAUUGUAACUGCAGCAAUGUCUGGCGAAUUGAAGUUGCAAGCCCUUGUCUCACCCUUUCAUUCAGGACCUAUUUCAGACUGUUGGUGACAUUGACAUUGUGAGGAUUUGGAUGAUACAAGGAGAUAUUUACCAGCCCAGCAUUUACAUACACAAGCACUUAGGUUGGCUGGUGAGGCCAGCCAGCCAGCCACUGCAGUAGGGGAGAGCAGCCUUCUCAACCUGAUCUACAAUCAGGGAAUCCACAGCCCACGCCUUCCUGUGGAGUCUAGACCGCAUCCAUCCUCUGCUGAGGAUAUCAGACUGACUGGUGCAUGGACAUUUUGUACUCAGAAGUGGCUUCCAAGCAAAAAGUUCCAUAAUAAGAGAUGGAGCAGUAAACUGAGAUACAGUCAUCUGAUCUGUGGUGACAAUAAGAAUCGCUGUCAGCCAGGAAAAAUCCAGAGGGAUACUUUGCACUCAGGAUAAAAUGACAAAAGACCUUGAUUACCUAAAACAUACAUUGCCAGAUCUCGUUUUAGUUUUGACUGGUCUGCAUGCCUCUGUUUCAGACCGUCUAGACCAUGGUUCUUGCUAUGGGCACUUGUAAGGCAAUUUAGAGAGUGUGAACCUUACAACUGACUUUCCUAGUAGAAAACAAAACUUGGACAUUUAUAGUAACUCCCAAACAUGGGCAAGCUAGAACUUUUAAUCAUAGGCUUCGUGACAGCAUUUGGAGAAGGGAUGGACCCAUGUGUUUCAGUCUAGAGAGUGCUCUGCAUACCAGGUGCUGUCAGAGGUCAUGACUCUCCACUGGAUGCACCUGGGAUGGACCUGGACCUGAAGCUGAAAAGACCAAUGUGCAUUUACACUGAGACUUUUUCGAAGCACUGAAAGGGAGAAGUCUGAGACUAGGUCCUUGACUUUUUUUCUGAAAAAGCACUGUUGGGUCAUGCUGUCCUGGACACAGGCUGUGGUCAUUGCUGGAGCUCCAUGUGGACAAUGUUGGCUUCAGUCCUACAGUGCUUUGUGCUGGUCCUGGAGAGCAGGCCUUCUUGUUCUCCGCAUGGCAGCUGAUUCUUUGGUGCCAGUUUCCAUUUGUUUCCCCUUUCUCUGUAGGUCUCUGCAGCAAGGUAUUCACGUUGCAUCCAUACUGUAGAAUAAACUACAGACUGACAGCAGGGAUUCCUGCAGGGUCAGGAAUUGGGCCACAGCUCCCAGAAUGAGUUGGGCCUCAGAAAUCUUUUCUGAGCAAGCAUUCUACCAUUGAGCCACACCCCCAGUCCAGAAUCCUGUUUUCUAGAUGGUGGGCUCUAGAAGAUAAAACCAAGAUGAUAUUUCGGAAGUUGGCUGCUGUCUUUGCAAAUGAAGGAAAACAGGAAUUUUCCAAGGCGUUUGGGGUUGGUUAAAAUACCAGGCAAGUGUAAAGAUCGGCUCCUUUGACUUUGUAUUGAGACAGGAGGGAAUUUAAUCCUCGUAAAGGAACAUCACAAGGAGAGACCAGUGUCUGAAGAACUAGAGACAAAGCUGUAAAAGGAAGCAUGAUAAGAUACCUUCCAAGUUCUGCAAAUCUAGUAAUUUCUCCUGGCUUCCGAAUGUUAACGGGGCUGGUCCUUUAGUAAGCUCGCUAGAAAUUUCUGGCUCUUGACAAGAGUUUUCAGAUACUAACUGCCCCCAGUGUUUCAGAUAUUACUAAAAACAACUAGGAAUUUCUCUCUUGUGGCUGGUUGGGACUCUAAGCAGAAGGGCAGAAAUUCCUCAGACCUAAUGUCUAGUACUUUAGCCAGCAAUUCUAAAAAUGCUAUUUAUUUGUGUUCAUGAGUUUGUACAUAGUACUAACCUCGUUGUUGCCGAGUUUUUCAUUUGGAGGAGCUGUGUUUGAGUUGUAUUU